AUGUCUGCCUCACAACAGGUUAAUCUAUACGGCAUGGAAAUUGAGUCAGGACUUGGAAGCCCUGGUCAAAACGAUGAUAUGAAAAAGGGAGAACCAGCAAAUACUGCGGACGCUGAUCCUUUUGGAGACGAAGAGACGGCAGAGAUCAAGUACCGGACUAUGAAGUGGUGGUAUUUAUGCAAUGUGGCAUGCGUGAGAUACCAAUUCCGAAAACGACCACUCAACUUAGUACUGAGUUCUGAAGUGAUGAUCGCCGAGAAUAUUUCCUUGGGAAUCCUAUCUCUUCCCUCUGCAGUAGCGACCUUAGGCAUGGCACCGGCCGCGAUACUUAUAACCUUUCUGUCCGGGCUGUCAUGGUACACGGGAUAUGUGAUCGGGCAAUUCAAACUGCGAUAUCCCCAGGUCCACAGCAUGGGCGACGCAGGAGAAAUUCUUUUAGGGCGGACCGGACGCGAGAUCCUCGGCAUGGGCCAACUAUUAUUCCUGAUUUUUCUCAUGGCAAGCCACAUACUAACGUUUUCUAUUUUGAUGAACACACUUACUGACCAUGGAGCCUGCACCAUCGUAUUUGCCGUGGUUGGACUCAUAAUUUCCUUCAUUGGCACAAUCCCGCGCACCAUGGAGAAGGUCUAUUGGAUGUCAAUUACAUCGUUUAUAAGUAUAUUUAUUACAACUUUGGUAACUAUGAUUGCCAUGGGUGUGCAGGCAAAAGGACACGUUCAGAAUGACGCCAGCCGCGAAGUCAGUUUCUAUGAGGCAUUCUUGGCUGUGACAAACAUAAUUUUUGCAUUUAUUGCCCAUGUCGCCUUUUUCGGAUUCAUUUCUGAAACUGAGGAUCCAAAAGCAUUCCCUAAAUCCCUGGCCAUGUUGCAAGCUGUUGAUACAGUCAUGUACUUGGUAACUGCUCUCGUGAUCUAUCGAUUUGCCGGCCCUGAUUUGGCAUCCCCGGCAUUGUCCUCCGCUGGUCCACUUAUGAAAAAGGUUGCCUUCGGAUUAGCCAUUCCCACUGUCAUCAUUGCUGGUGUUGUUAUUGGCCAUGUUGCCUGUAAAUACGUCUACGUACGUAUUUUUCGAGGAUCGGCCCAUAUGCAUCAACGCAACAUUGUCGGAGUUGGUUCAUGGAUCGGAAUUUGUUUGAUCAUCUGGGUCAUUGCGUGGAUUAUAGCGGAGUCAAUUCCGGUCUUCAAUAACAUUUUGAGUCUCAUGGUAGUGUCUCCACAAGCUGAAAUCACAAGUGAAACACUAGAGUUCGCUCUUCGGGAGUGUCUUCAGUUACUCUUUGCCCGCUAUAUUCUGGUUGCAUAUGAACAGGGACAAUACUUUUCCACUGGCUCAAAGACUGUUCUAACUGUUUGCAAUGCUAUCAUCCUUGGAAUCGGCUGUGCCAUGACCGGAAUGGGAUUAUACGUUUCUGGGAGGGCAAUCCACGAAGACAGUGGCAGCAAUACCUGGGCCUGUGCCAACAACGCCUGA